AAAAACCCUUUCAACUAAUUGAUUUUUUAUACCUAAAAUAUUAAUUAAAUAUUUACAAAAAAAAAAAAAAUGAGUUGUUUCGUAAAAAAUUGUGGAAAUUAUCCAUAUAAAAAGUCGAUAAGAAAUAUGAGAUUUUUUAGGUUUCCUUCGGACAAAAGUUUAUUUAGAAAAUGGGUAAAAGCAUGUGGGAUUGAAGUAAAUGAACGUCAGGAUAAUAUGCGCGUAUGCCAAAAUCAUUUUGCAGAUGAGGAUUACAGAUUACAGGAUAUUCUUUUAAAAACAGACUUAAUGAAAAGGCGACUAAAACCGGGAGCCGUACCGUCGAAAAAUUUACCACCUCGAAUAAAUAGUAUUGAAUCACGGGAGGAGUGUAAUCAUGAAUUAAAAGGAGAAACAGAACACAUAGCAAUUGAAUCAAAUAGUUGUGAAACAAUAUGUUGUGUAAAAUCUUGUUUUAGCACAAAAAAAUGUGGAAAAAUAAGUUUUUUUAAAUUUCCUGAAGAUGUAAAUCGUAAGCAAGAAUGGGAAAAAUUAUUGAAACUUGAAAAUGAUUUAGCUAACGAAAUGGAAAUAUGUUCUAUGCAUUUCAAAAAAAAAUAUUUAAUUGAAGAAGGGGAACAUUUAACAUUGUCAGAAGAUGCAAUACCUACAAUACGCGUAGGUCCACCAAUAACCGAAAAAAUUGAGAAAGGUAUUAAAUUGCCGGAAUCAAAGAAAAAAAUUCAACAACCUUCUAAAAUGCAAAAACCUUAUAAAAUGCCUAUAAUGUUUGUUUCUUGUUCAACUUUAGGUGAAGAAAAUGACGAAGACGACGAAAAUAUUGGCUUGUUGUCAUUGAAGAAUAAAAUUUUACAACAAUCUGGAAAAUUUAAAAAUAGUAAUGCACCAUUAAAAUUAAAGAAAACUUUGGAAUUAACAUCUGAAACAAAAACCAAUUCUCCGCUAACAGAGUAUAUAACGUCUACAGCAUUUGUUUUUGGUUCAAACGUAAGUUUCAAAUUGCAAGGGGAAAAAAAUUAAAUCAUUUACACAUGAAAAUUAUCAAUACUUAGCUAUCCCACCGCCUCUGAUUUUUUUUAUGUCAAUGAAUACUGCAAAGCUUUAAAAACUAUGAAAAAUUAAUGCCGAAUUUAUAAACGUUUGUAAAUUUUUGGAUUUAAUUUUCGAAAAUUUUUUGUAUACAAAAAUUAUGUCAAAAAAUUUAAAUAUUAUUUUUAUUCGAAUGAAUAGGUGGAUGAAAAUGAUGAGAAACAUAUGAGUUGCCCUACGGCAUCAGACGUGGAAACCCAGCCACUCUCCAAAAAAUUCAAACCUAAUCAAACCACAUUAAAACAAUGUU